AUGAAUAAAAAUAAUAAGUGUUUAAGACAUAAAAGGAGUCAAGAGUUCAUAUGUUAUGAUUGUAAUGUUUUGAUGUGUUCUGUAUGUUCACCAAAACACUCACGUCAUUCAUACGAUCAUAUCGAUAAUAUUAAAUCAAAUAACAAUAAUAAUGAGGAGGAUUCAACAACUUACACAGAUGACAAUGAAAUUAAUAAUAAUAACACUAAUAAUAUUAAUGAGAUAGGAUUUAAAGAUAUUCAAAGAAGUAUUCAAACAACAUUCGAUUCUUUGAAAUUAAAAGUUGUGGAAUAUGAACAAUUACAACAAACAGAACAUGAAAUCGAAAGUAAAUUCAAAGAGUUACAUGAAUUCCUUGUUGUUGAAGAACAUAGAUUAAAGACACCAAUCAUCGAUAAUAAACAACAAUUAGAACAACAAAUCGAUAAACAAAUCAAAAUCAUGAAAUCAUUGAAUACUGUUAAUAAUCAUAUUAAUAUUAAUAAUAAUAAUAAUAAUGAUAAUAUUAAUAGUGGUGAUCUACCAGACUCACAUUCAUUAUCUUCUUCACUAUCGACAACAACAUUAUCAGCAGAUACAACAGAUAGAUACCAAAUAACAACAAUAAUUCGAUCGAUUUCACAAUGUUCAGAUCACAAUGAAUUCAUUUCAUCGAACAACAAUACAUUAUUCUAUUUCGAUUAUGAUCAACUUGACAACAAAGUAAACAACAAUGAUGAUCAUUCACUUUUAAAUGUAUUACUUGAACACAAUAAAUCAAUUAAAAUCAAUAAUCAUCAUGACAAUCAACAAUCGAAAUCACAACAAUAUCGAUUAAUUGUUAAUAAUGAACAAAUCAAUCAAAUCAAGAAUCAAAUUCAAACAUCAUUCAAAUUGUCAUCAAAUCAAGACAAACAAUCAUAUAUAUUCUCAACUGAUAUGGAUAAUAAAAUAUCAAUCCUCAAUAUUACAGAUCGAAACAACAUUCAUUUUCAACAACACGAUAUCGAUAUGAAAAUGUAUGAUUCAUUUACAGCUUACAACUCGAUUGUCAAAGUUGGUGACUUUAUCUAUAUAUUUGGUGGUGGACAGAAUAAGAAGCACAAUCAAUUUCUAAAGUAUUCAAUCAACACCCAAGAAGUAGUUAUCAAUGAAAUGAAAGGUAUUGAUGCAUGCCAAUACUUAUCAGCUUGUUAUGAUGGUCAAGAUCAUAUCUAUUUAUUCGAUGGAUAUAAUAAACCAAAAACCGAUAUUUACAGAUACAACAUCAAUAAUUCAUCAUUCAAAAGAUACUCGACAAUCGAAAUCAAUUCAAAUUACCAUCAAUUCACAUUCCUCUUCAAAGGUUAUAUCUAUACUUUCACUCCAGAAUUAAAAAAGAUUUUUAAGUUUGAUUUUAAGAGAAAAGAAAUCGUUAAAUUACCAAUCACCAUUCCACAAAACAAUUCAGCAAGAGCAGUAUGUACAGAUGGCAAUGGCAAUAUUUACACUCAAUCGGAUUUAGGACUACAUCGAAUCAAUAUUGAAACCAAUCAAAUCAAUUUAAUUAAUAUCACUCGAAUCAAAUUUUAUAAUAAUCACAAUAUGAUUUAUCAUCAAUCAGAUGAUGGUCAAAAUUAUAUUUACUCGAUCGAAGGUGACGAUCGAAAUUUUAUUUUCUCAUUUGAAAACAACAAAUGGGAAUCUAUUCUCUAUGAUGAAUCAGACAGAACAUUAUGUGCAAACAUAUUAUAUCAACAAUAG